AAUGAAACCGACAGAGAACUAAAAAAAGUACUUGACUAGUGUAUUAGGUUAACCACAAACCUAAAGCGAACAGAGCUUGCUGAUAGUGUUUACUUAAGCGUGUGAGUGUUAGAAGAAAAAAUCUCGGUUAAUUCAGCCGAGGCGACUUGCAGUAUUCGCAUUAUCUUAUAAACAAUGUAAACGGGAUGUUAUGUUGCUCACCGAGAAAGUAAACUAUAUAGGCGACUCGUUUAUGUUUUCUUUAAUGUCUAGAGAGUUUAUUUAUCAUUUUUAACAGUUUCAUUAAUAUAUACUACUUUGUGAUGAAAACGAGGCGAGGCGAAGCAGAUGCUCGGUAGACUGGGAGUCUGCAGCGUUUUCAAGAGACCUCCCAAGAAAGGUCUGCCCGACCAGAGGCCCAAAUAUAACAUGUAUGACCAGAAUGGUGGAACGGGAGGAAAUGGUAUGCCUAUAAGAUAUAUGGCUACUGGACCUUCAGGUGGAACCAUGAAUCACCAGCAUCAAGAUGAUCGCUCAGGGUCUACUACCUACAACCCCUUGACUCCCCAGUUAAGAGACCGAUACUAUGCUCCAGGCCAGGGGCCCAAAGAAGACCACCACACAUGGAACCCCCGCAUGGCCAGCCAUGAACUUCACAAUCGGGGAUCAGAGAAGCACAUCUCUACUAUUGAUGCAGAGAUAGACUCUCUUACAUGCAUGCUGGCUGACCUGGACAGUCACCCUCAGAGCACAAGCUCACAGUUGUAUGACAAUGUGCCUUACAGCAAGCACCUCCCAAUCGAUCGCUAUAACCCUCCCAACCAGAUGGGGGCUCCACCAUCAAGCAGGCCCUCAAUGGGCUAUCAGGCUCCACUCCAAAACCAGUACCACCCCGCCCCACCUUACACCUCUACACCUCAGCCAGACUAUGUUUACUCCUCCGCUGCCUCUUCCAUCCACAAACCUUACCCCCAACCAGUGCCUGCCUCCUACACCACCGCCUCCACCCCAACCGGCCCACGCUUCUCCGUACAGGUGAAAACAGCUCAGCCCGUCACCUAUUCUCAGAGCGGACGGCAGGCAGAGCAAGCUUACACCCCUCCACCACCCCGCCAGCAUGCCUCUUGCCCCCCUCAGCAAGAACGACCACAUUAUGAGCCACAGGGACAGGGCUGGUACCCACCGCCACCUCCUCCUGUACAAGAACCUCAUGGAGAUCCUGCUGCUUAUAAGGGGGGAUCAGGUAAUAUGCCAGGAGGGAGAGCCGGCCAGGGACAACCAGUGAAGAAGAGUCAAGAUCAAGUGUCAGCAUAUCAAUCUAACAAGCAGGGGGCAGCACCACAUCCAGAGGAAGAGUUGGAUCGACUCACCAAGAAGUUGGUGUAUGAUAUGAAUCAUCCCCCUACUGAGGAAUAUUUUGGUCGAUGUGCUCGGUGUGGGGAUAAUGUUUUGGGAGACGGCAGUGGCUGUAUUGCCAUGGAGCAGGUGUUUCACGUGGAGUGUUUCACCUGUAUCACCUGUCAUGCGCGCCUGAGAGGCCAGCCCUUCUAUGCACUAGACAGGAAGAGCUACUGCGAGAGCUGCUACAUUAGCACACUUGAGUGCUGUUCGAAAUGCUCUGAGCCCAUCCUAGACCGGAUCCUGAGGGCGAUGGGAAAGGCUUACCACCCUCGCUGUUUCACAUGUGUGGUUUGUGGCUGUUGCCUGGAUGGAGUGCCUUUUACUGUGGAUGCCACAUCUCAGAUCCACUGUAUUGAGGACUUUCACAGGAAGUUUGCCCCCCGCUGCUCUUUAUGUGGCCAGCCCAUAAUGCCAGAGCCUGGGCAGGAAGAGACGGUGAGGAUCGUUGCACUGGAUCGCAGUUUCCAUGUUAAAUGCUACGUCUGUGAGGAUUGUGGUCUACUCCUCUCUUCAGAGGGCGAGGGAAGAGGCUGCUAUCCCCUAGACGGACACAUUCUCUGCAAGAGCUGCAGUGCCCGUCGCAUCCAAGAUCUUUCUGCCAAAAUCUCCACUGACUGCUAAUGCCCCCAUCCCAUCACUCUGUGUCCCUUCUCUUCUUCAUAGUUAUUCUUCAGAAUGUACCACUAUCUAAACAUCCACCGCCUGGCAUUACUUCCAUCCUUGACUUUGCAUGUCGUUCGCACAAAUAAUACGAAGACGUCCCUCUCAGGGUAGCAUAGAGCCGAGGAGAAAAAAAAUAGUUCUAGUGUUUAGAGUAGUUCCACUGGAAAGCUGUUUCCUCAAGAAUAUAGAAAAACAGGUGGUGAAUGAAAUAUGAUGGUGUUUGUGUAUAAUCCUCAGCGUAUGUGUGUUUAUGCGAAAUGUGAGCCUCGUGAACAGGGUGCAUUUCUACCUUGAAGCAGUCACUUUUACAACACUAAAAUAUUAACCUUUAAUGGAAAUAUAGUAACAUGUCACAGUUUCCUCAAAUAAUGCCCCAAUUCUGCUGGCAGUUGGGGUCACUUCAUAUUGUCCCCAUUCAGAUCAUCUCUUUUCUUUUAUCCUCUCAAAAACAAAAACCUGAUGUCAGUGGAUAUCCAGUGCUCAUUAUUUUAAUACUUGAAAUCAUGAUUGUUGAAGGAUGUUAUUACUGUAUUUCGUUUACUGACUCGAUAUUCGUUUAAUAUCAUUACAUUCGUCAUGAUACUAAUGAUAAUUCUGGUAAAAAGGUUGGAAAAGUUUAACACAGGCAGCUGUUUUGUUCUGUUUUCCGUGCAGUCUUUAGCUCUAGGUUUACGCUGAUUUCAGAAACUGUUACAAGAGAAGUGUUGUCAGAUAGGAAUAAAGGCUCAGUUUGUUUAAUGACCGCUUCAAUGAAGGAAAUCUUUUGACAGGUGUGUGUUGGAUCAAAGUGGUUGAUUUCAUUUUAAAGCUGAGCAGCUGCAGUUUUUUGCUACAUUCAGCGGUUUGGGUUUGGCAGCAGGGUGGAUUAUUUUCAAGGAGUUUGAAUAGUGAAAGAAAUAGAGAGCAGUUAAGGAACGGAAUCUAGUAGGUUAGAUGAAUUACAAAUCGUGGCUUCUUAUUAGAAAUAGAACAUUUCUCAUCACAUCAAGAAACUUAGUCGCGAUUUUGUCACUAAAUAUACAUCGAUUAAUGUCUAACACAGUAAAUGGUCAAGUAUGAAGGUUACAAGGAGGUAAAGUACGUACUAGAGAAAUGACUUUCAGAUUGUUACACAUCUGACACUUGUGCAGAGAUUGUUACUGGUUGGCUUUAUUCUAUUACAUCAUAUUUUCUGUAUUUGUUUUAUUUUAUGUCAAAAUGCAUUUUUAAUUGUCUGUUAUUUGAAUGAUGUGUAGCAGCAAGCAUCCAUUGCUUAAUGCCAUUAUAUAAAAAGGUGUUGAUUGUUUGAAGCAACAUAAUUAAGUGCUAGUUUUUGCGCUGACAAAUGGUUACAAUUAUCUAGAAACUAAAAGCAUAAAGUGGUUCAGAUGGUUGCAUGCUUUAUUUAUUGAUUUGCCUGGAAUAUUUUGUAAGAUUAUUCCAGCAUAGUGUCCAUCUGGUCAAUUUGCUGCCAAAAAACUUUUUCUAAACCUGUCAUUGCAGAUGAUUGCUAAUUGAUAAAGUGCCCUGGUACUGCACAGUCUGUUUCAAUGGCUGAUUUACUUUUUAAGCUGCCAGUUUAUUUCGGCACGUUUGGAGGAGUUUGCAUUUUAUUUUCCUGAUGUUGAGUUUAGGGGGAGAAAAAGAUCAGCUUUAUAAAUCCAGCUGUUUUUACUGCAAAUGUCUAUUGACAUCUAGUUUGUACUGACCGUUGUUCCAAUUUAUGAUUUGAUGAAUGUGAAAGAAAACAAAAACUGACAAAAAAGUUUUUAGUGUGUUCUUGCUGUUUAUCUUACAUCCCAUAGAGCCAAUCACACAUAAACACACUUUGCCUGAUCACACUUUAUUACAGAGGACUAGCAAUCCAAUGACACUGUUGCAAGGUCAACACAAAAACCUCUAUAUCAAGAUUUUAAAUGUUAAUCAUAUAAUCUCUGGCCAUCAAUCCUGAUAGUACCCAUAAUACAAACAUUUUAUAGCAUACACUGCAUAAAAGUCAGAGUUAAUCUCUCUUUAUACUGGAAUAGUAUUACUGUGUGUGCUGGUGAUUUUUAAGGAACAAUCUUGGUUAAUGCAGGUGGUAUAAGAAAGAGAAGAAGCUGAAGAACGUAUAGAUUAUUACAAUCCAUGCUAUAUGCACAGGACCAGAAAUCCUCUAAUCAAGUUAUUUUGAUGGCUACACAAGUAUAACAGUGUUUGUAAGGGUCUUGCAGGUUGACUAACAAGAGGUGAAGGUCUUCCAGUAGAAAUUCCUGCAGCCUGCUUUGCGUUCUCGUUGAGAGAAAAGAAGAUGAUUCAGAAACCUUUAGUUGUCAAAAAGAAAACAUUCUAAUUUGAACUUGCUGUAGUUUUUAGAUAUGCAUAUUAUUAU